AUGAACAGCAGCGCCGAGAGGAAAUUCAUCAAUUUGCGGAAACGCCUGGACCAGCUGGGCUACAGACAGCCUCUUGGAAUAGACUCGCUGCCGCUUGUGGAAAGGUUGUUUAGUGAUCUGGUCCACACCACCGAGAGCCUGCGCAAUGCCAAGCUGUCUGCAGGAAAGACCGAGAAGGAAAGCCGAAAUGUUGAUGCCCUGCUGGAGCCCCACAGGGCAGAGAAUGCCAGGGUGGUCAGGGAGAACAACGAGCUGCAUCUUGAGCUCCUGAAACUGAGAGAGGACAAACAUCUGGUCACUAGAGAGCUCAAAACUCACAUUAGAAAACUGGACCACGAGACAUCUGACCUGAAGUUUUUAAACAACCAGUACGUGCACAAGGUUCGCUGCCUGGAGAGAGACAGCAAGGCUAAAGCUGAGCGCAUCCAGCAGCUGCAAGAAAAGAACAUGCAAGCUGUUGUGCAGACACCAGGUGGAAAGAAGCGCAGUAUUCCUUUUAGACGACAGAGAAUGCAAAUUGAUGAGCUCGUACCUCCCUCCUCCACAUCUGCGUAUCCGGUCCUGCAGCCCGAUGAUCCAUAUGUAGCUGAUCUGCUGCAGCUGGCCGAUGGAAGAAUUCAUGAGCUCCAGGAAGACAUCAUCAAACUCAAACUAGACCUGGAAAAUUCCCAAGAGUGUAUAAAACGUUUAAGUACUCAGGUGGAGGAAAGAGACAAAGAGAUUGAGCGUCUGAACUACGUACUACGUGGAGGACGACCUCAUGACGUCAUUUCACUGGAAGCUCAGAAUAUCAGCAGUGAGAAACUGAUUGCACAUCUGAACCUUCAGAUCGAGUACCUGCAGGAAACCAACCGAACCCUGGAACAAAAGGUAGAUGGACUGCAGCAGAAGAAGAAGGAUGCCUCUACUGAAGUGGCCACUCUGUCUUUAAAGAACCUGGAACUGUGUGAAGAGCUGACGCAGAUCGAUCACCUCGCCAAGCGCAUGGAGAUGGACAAAGAGCACAUGUUAGAAACUGCUGACGUCGAGCUACAGAAAUCUAAUAAAGAACUUGAAAGGCAGCAGAAAACCAUUGAAGACUUGGAGGAUAUUAUCUCAAAGAUUAGACGGGAGCAGUCUGAAAGUGAGUUUGAAAAAGAUCGUCUCAGGGAUCAACUGGUGGAGCUCAAAGAGCAAAAUGAGAAGGUGGAGGGGCUCGUGAACUUCCUGGAAGACGAGAAAACCAGGCUGCAGGACAAAGUGGAGAAGAUGAUGACAACCGAUAAAGAUCUGGUGAUGGAGUUGGAGACGAUGCGCACUGAACAUGGUGUCUGCGGAAGAGAACACUCACCAUCUCGUCUAGAUGCUUUUGUUAAGAGUCUAGAAGAAGAGAGGAAUUAUUAUCGCCAGGAGGCUGAGCGCUACAAAAGAACCAGAGGAGCUGGUGGUCCAGGACUGAGUCCUAGUCUCAGUCCAGACAGAGGCAGGAGUCCAAAGUCUCAACGGAUCAAGAAAAAGGUGCAAGAAGAGCUGCUGGAUGUACUUAAAGAGAGAGAUGAGCUGAAGGUGGCUCUGCUGGACGUUGAGAAGCAGACGGAGGACAUUCAGAACAAUGUGAAGGCCCUUUGCGAUGAGAGAGACCAUUUCAAAACGCUCUAUAAGCAAACUCAAGACGACUUAAAGGUGUCCCGUAAAACAGAUGCGUCAGCUGAUGUUUUGAAACUGCAGGAGGAGCUCAAACGAGUGGAGGUUCAACUUGACCAGAUGACCUUUGAGAGAGAUGAGCUUCUGGACAGACUAAAGGGGGCCCAGACUUCUGCUCUUACUCACAGACAGAAAGACGAGAGGCGGAUUAUUGAGCUGGAGAUCACUGUCAAGAAUCUGGAGCGAGAGAGACUGGACCUGCAGUCACAGGUGCGUCUGCUGAAGGAGAGCUGGGAGGCUGCAGAGGAGGUGAAGCUGAAGUCUGCUCUGCUCCACAACGCAGAAGAGGUCGCCCAGCAGAGAGCAGAAGCUAAUGCUUUGAGGCUGCUGCAGGAGCAGGCGCUGUCCGACACCCAGCGCAGGCUCUCUGUGAGCAUGAACGAGCUGCAUGCAGCCCACCAGCACAUUGAAACUCUCCAGGAGAGAUUAGGUGAACUGAGUCAUCAACGCUCCAAACACAGAGAGGAAGUAGCUGCCCUUCACACUUCAGUCUGUGCCCUGGAUAGAGAGAAAGACGCCCUACAGGAUGAAGUGGAUCAGAAGACUGAAAAGCUAGUUGUUCUGCAGGAGGACCUGUCAAAAAAGGAAAAGACCCUUGAAGAUGUGAGACUCACAGUGAAAAACAUGGACAAGUCCUUAGCUCAGCUGCAAGGAGCUUUAAACAGCCGUGAGAGGGAGCUCAGCAGUCUGAGGAGGCAGCUAGAUGCAUCUCAGGAGGAGCUGAGUGCACUCAGGAGAGGCAAAGAAGUCCUAAUCCGAGAGAACCGGAGGCUGCAAGAUGACCUGGCCACAAUGACCAGGGAGAACCAAACUGUGCACGCAGAAAUGGAGGAGGCUUUGCACGAGAAGGACGAGCUGAAGUUGAGGGUUCACUCUUAUAUUUCUGAGGUGUCCAGGAUCGAGCAACUUAUGGCUACAAAGGAACAGGAGAACAGGGAUCUGCUGGAGAGAUUCAGGCUGGCCCACUCUGAGAUGACGGAGCGGGAGCAGAAACUGCAGCAGGCUGAAGGUCUUAAUAACUCCAUCCGCUUGGAGCUGCUCUCCUCGGACACAGAACGCCGACAGCUCCGAGAUACAGUCGGACAGCAGGACAGAGAGAUUCAACAGCACACUCAGGCACUGCAGGCUUAUGAAGCCCAGGUUUCCUCUCUGGUUCGUGGGAUGUCCCAAACAGAAAAGGAUUUGCAGAAAGCACAGGAGGAAAAUGCUGCUCUCCUCUCGGAUCUAGCUUCUGUCAGAGAACUCUGUGUCAAACUGGACUCUGGGAAGGAGCUGACUGCACGCCAGCUCACCUCCAAGAGCAUGGACCUGGAGAGGGUCACUGGAGAACUGGAAGAUGUUCGCUCAGAGGUAGAGCUCCUGAAGAAACAAUUAGCCAGUGAGAGGCUGACUGUGCGCAACCUAGAGAUGCUUCUCUCCUCCAACCGGCAGAAAGAGUUUCAAACACAUCUGAGCGCCACCGAGAGAGAGUCCGAGCUGAAAGUCCUUCGUGACAAACUCACUCUGACUGACAGCAAAAAUGCAGAGCAUGCCAGAGAAGUGUCCCAGCUCCGUGGCAAAGUGUCUCAGUUGCAGACGGAGAUGGACGUCCUGAAACGACAGCUGACCUCUGAGCGCUUUGAACGUGAAAGAGCAGUUCAGGAGCUGCGUCGCCAGGGUUUGUCAUUCUCGUCUCUGCAAAGCUCUUCACCGCUCAGCGUUUCCAGCCAUUCUCACCACACCCCCACAGAGCGCUCCGUUCUUCAGAGUCACGACCGCUCCACAGACAAGUCCACAGACAAGAGUGUCAGCUUCAAGGAUUAUUGA